AGAAAAAAUCAAAAUCAUGAAUAUCAUAUACGCAAACACAAUGCCAUACCAUAAUGUGUAUAUGUAUGCCAAUGCCAGUGCCUGAAAUAUCUGAGAACAAAUCUACCUUCAUCAUUCUCCGAAUACAAUGUCUGUAGUUACGACGGACUCACUCUUCAUUCUCCACCACCACCGUCGUCGCAGUAGCUAUUUCAAACCCCUCGAAAAGUUGCAACUUGUUCCUAGAAAGCCCAUUUCUUUCAACCAAAAUUGCACGCACACGCCCAACCGCCGCGCCAAUGUCCGCUCCCGCCGUUGCUGCGCUCCCAAAGCUCUCAGUUCCUCCGGCACCGCCGUCGUUGAAACGCCCGAAGCUACAGAUGUUACCUUUUCUGAAACUUUCGACUUGAAGCGGCGUGAAAAGCUGGAAGGAAAGAUAACAAUCAGAUUAGAAAGUGGAAAAGAUGAAGAGCAUUGGAGCCUUACUGUGGGGUGUAGUUUACCCGGAAAAUGGGUUCUUCACUGGGGAGUCAAUUACGUUGGCGAUACUGGCAGUGAAUGGGAUCAACCUCAGGCGGACAUGAGACCUGCGGGCUCUAUUCUCGUUAAGGACUACGCAAUUGAGACUCCUUUUGAAAGAUCACCUGCUUCAUCUGUAGGAGAUUCUUUUGUUGAAGUGAAGAUUGAUUUCGACACGAACAGUUCAAUUGCAGCCAUAAAUUUUGUGCUGAAGGAUGAGGAAACUGGGAGUUGGUAUCAGCAUAGAGGAAGAGAUUUUAAAGUUCCUCUUGUCGAUUCCCUUCAAGAUGAUGGCAAUGUUGUUGGAGCAAAGAGCUUGGGUGUAUUGCCAGGUGAUUUGGGACAGAUAUCCAACUUGCCUCUUGAAACUGAAUCUGCUGAUGGUAAAGGAAAUGACAUUAAAGAAUCUAACUUAGAAAAGAGGCCUCUUCAAGGUUUUUAUGAAGAGCACUCUGUCUUUAAAGAAAUUUGUACCGAUAACUUAAUGAGCGUGUCAGUGAGCCACUGCACGGAGAAGGACAAACAUUUGUUGUAUAUAGAAACUGAUUUACCUGGAGAUGUAGUCAUACACUGGGGUGUUUGCAGAGAUGAAGGUAAAAAUUGGGAAGUCCCAGCUGAACCAUACCCUCCUGAGACAAUCAUAUUCAAGAAUAAGGCUUUGCAAACGCUGUUGCAGCAAAAAACAGACGGAUGUGGUUCUUGGGGGUCAUUUACAUUGGGUGAUGAAUUCUCUGCAUUUGUUUUUGUGUUGAAGCUGGAUAAUAAUACAUGGUUGAAUUGCAAAGGGGAUGACUUUUACAUACCCUUCACAAGUAACGCAACCAAAGGUGAACUUUCUGGUUCUACUCAUUCUACUGGUGAGGGACAACCGGCAGCUCUUGGCUCCCCAACGACAUCUGGUGACACAUUUGAUGUCACAUCUGAGCCAAAACAAGUAGUUUCUGCUUAUGCUGGUGGUAUCAUUAAUGAGAUAACUAAAUUAAUGACUGGUAUUUCCACGGAAAAGAGUAGGAAAACAAAAAGCAGACAAGCCCAAGAGACCAUUCUCCAAGAAAUUGAGAAGCUCGCUGCAGAAGCCUACAGUAUCUUCCGAAGUUCUACACCUAUAUUUACAGAAACUGAACUGGCUGAAGAUGAUGAUGCCCCACCCCCUUUAACUAUAUCAUCUGGGACUGGUUCAGGGUUUGAAAUUCUCUGCCAGGGAUUUAAUUGGGAAUCCCAUAAAUCAGGAAGAUGGUAUCUGGAGAUUGAGGAAAAAGCUUCAGAAUUAGCAUCACUUGGUUUUACUGUGAUAUGGUUACCUCCGCCUACCGAUUCUGUUUCACCUGAAGGGUACAUGCCAAGGGACUUGUACAAUCUAAACUCCAGGUAUGGAGAUAUUGAUCAAUUAAAGAAUAUUGUGAGGAAACUGCAUGAAGUGGGAAUAAAGGUUCUUGGAGAUGUUGUCUUAAACCACCGAUGUGCGCAGUUCCAGAAUCAAAAUGGUGUCUGGAAUAUUUUUGGCGGUCGCUUGAAUUGGGAUGACCGUGCAGUUGUAUCUGACGAUCCCCAUUUUCAGGGCAGGGGCAAUAAAAGUAGUGGAGAUAACUUCCAUGCAGCUCCAAAUAUUGAUCACUCUCAAGAAUUUGUCAGAAACGACAUCAAGGAAUGGCUAUGCUGGUUGCGAAAAGAAAUUGGUUAUGAUGGAUGGAGGCUUGAUUUUGCACGGGGAUUUUGGGGUGGUUAUUUCAAGGACUACUUAGAAGCAAGUGAGCCUUAUUUUGCCGUAGGGGAGUUCUGGGAUUCACUAAGUUACAGUUAUGGUGAGAUGGAUCAUAAUCAAGAUGCACAUCGGCAGAGAAUAGUAGAUUGGAUUAAUGACACAAAUGGAACUGCUGGUGCAUUUGACGUCACAACCAAGGGAAUUCUUCAUUCUGCACUUGAAAGAUGUGAAUAUUGGAGAUUAUCAGAUGAGAAAGGAAAACCUCCUGGGGUGAUGGGAUGGUGGCCGUCAAGGGCUGUUACUUUCAUUGAGAAUCAUGAUACUGGUUCUACUCAGGGUCAUUGGAGAUUCCCAGGUGGUAAAGAAAUGCAAGGUUACGCCUAUCUCUUAACACACCCUGGGACACCAUCCGUUUUCUAUGAUCAUAUUUUCUCUGGCUAUAAAUCUGAAAUCAAAGAACUCAUCUCCAUCCGGAAGCGCAAAAAGAUCCACUGUCGGAGCACAGUUAAAAUAGUGAAGUCGGAGAGAGAUGUUUAUGCAGCAGUAAUUGAUGAUAAGAUUGCUAUGAAGAUUGGACCCGGACACUAUGAACCCGAUAGAGGUUCAAAAAACUGGUCUUUGGCGACGGAGGGCAGAGACUACAAGGUCUGGGAAGCAUCAUAAACCUGGAGACGCUGCAACACAAGUUUGUAGACAAAUCUAUCACUGACACUGCAAAAUAAGAAGAUUCUGCUGCCCGUGCUUCUCCAAAACGCUCUCAUGGCCCUUGGAUUUGCUGCAUCAGUUUCCCACCUUAGGCCUUCACUAAAGGGAUCUUCGGCUUUUAAGAUAUACAAAUAAGCGCGCUUCCAAAUUGGGGACGAGCCUUAUGAGUACUGUAUGUAUAGUUCAGCAGCUUGUAUACAAUAGUGGCGAGCUGUAAUUCUUCUGAAUAAUCUGUAUUGGUAGAACAUGUAGAGAAUUUAAGUGUAUUCUCAUUUUGUAUGUGUCAAUUGCAUCAUUGUGUCCAUAUACUGUUUACAUUAUUUGUUACUUAAUAAGAAAAUGAAUUUGUGUA